CCGGAGGGAAUACGCGCUAUCGAAAAGCCUCGCUCCCCGAGGACGGAAUUCAUGGAUGAACGGGCCAGGGAUCUUCUCCUCACAGAUGGGAUUGUAGCUUAGCUAGUUAGCUCGGCCGCAGAAACAGGCUAGCUAUGUCGAAGAGCGGAGGCGACAUCAGUUGACUUUUACUCGCUGUAGCGUCAUUACACCUCAACAAACCGCCUCGGUCUUUCCAAAGACGCGUUUCUGAAGGCGUCGCCGUCACAGAAACAGCUAUUCGGGACUGUAUUCGGGGAGGUUGAGGGGAACUUCGCGAUUUAGCUUGCUGGCUAGCUGGACGUCACCUCAGUCUGUCAAACGAACUUGAAAUCCGGGGACGGAACCGGACAGAGACCUCAUGAAUGGAAAUCGGAACUACAGGAGCUGUUGGGGCCCAGGCCCUGUUCUCCGUGCCUCGACGGCCCGGUUAUGGCACCGUGGGGAAACCCAUCAAGCUGCUGGCCAACUGCUUCCAGGUGGAGAUCCCAAAGAUGGACGUCUACCUGUAUGAGGUGGACAUCAAGCCUGAGAAGUGUCCACGCCGUGUGAACAGGGAGGUUGUGGACUCCAUGGUGCAGCACUUUAAAGUCACCAUCUUUGGGGAUCGAAGGCCAGUUUAUGAUGGGAAGAGAAGCCUCUACACCGCCCACCCUCUGCCUGUGGCUCCUGCGGGGGUGGAUCUGGACGUUACUCUGCCAGGGGAGGGGGGUAAAGACCGACCCUUUAAAGUCAGUAUUAAGUUCGUGUCCCUGGUGAGCUGGCACCUGUUGCACGAGGUACUAACAGGUCGCAGUAUGUCCGAGCCGCUGGAGCUGGACAAGCCAAUCAGCACCAACCCAGUUCACGCUGUGGACGUGGUGCUACGCCAUCUACCCUCCAUGAAGUACACACCCGUGGGGCGCUCGUUCUUCUCUGCCCCGGAGGGCUACGAUCAUCCUCUGGGUGGAGGAAGAGAGGUGUGGUUCGGCUUCCAUCAGUCUGUCCGGCCGGCCAUGUGGAAGAUGAUGCUCAACAUUGACGUGUCAGCCACAGCUUUCUACAAAGCACAGCCAGUUAUUCAGUUCAUGUGUGAGGUACUGGACAUCCACAACAUCGACGAGCAGCCUCGGCCACUCACAGACUCCCACCGAGUCAAAUUCACCAAAGAAAUCAAAGGUCUGAAGGUGGAGGUGACACACUGCGGGACCAUGCGGAGGAAGUACAGGGUCUGUAAUGUGACCCGCCGACCCGCCAGCCACCAAACGUUCCCUUUGCAGUUGGAGAACGGCCAUACUGUAGAACGAACAGUAGCUCAGUAUUUCCGAGAGAAGUACAGUCUGCAGCUCAAGUAUCCUCACCUGCCGUGUCUCCAGGUGGGCCAGGAGCAGAAACACACCUACCUGCCCCUGGAGGUGUGUAAUAUUGUAGCAGGGCAGCGGUGCAUCAAGAAACUGACAGAUAAUCAGACGUCCACCAUGAUCAAAGCCACAGCGAGAUCAGCUCCAGACCGACAGGAGGAGAUCAGCAGACUGGUGCGCAGUGCUAACUAUGAAGCAGACCCGUUCGUGCAGGAGUUCCAGUUUAAGGUGCGAGACGAGAUGGCCCACGUGACGGGGCGUGUGUUACCUGCGCCCAUGCUGCAGUACGGGGGCAGGGUGAGCUCAGAGCACUUUAUGAACCGCACGGUGGCCACCCCGAGCCACGGAGUCUGGGACAUGAGAGGAAAACAGUUUCACACCGGUGUGGAGAUCAAGAUGUGGGCCAUCGCCUGCUUCGCCACACAGAGACAGUGCAGAGAAGAGAUCCUCAAGGGUUUCACGGACCAGCUGCGUAAGAUCUCGAAGGACGCUGGGAUGCCGAUCCAGGGUCAGCCGUGUUUCUGUAAGUACGCACAGGGAGCCGACAGCGUGGAGCCCAUGUUCAGACACCUGAAGAACACCUACUCCGGCCUGCAGCUCAUCAUCGUCAUCCUGCCCGGAAAAACCCCCGUCUACGCCGAGGUCAAGCGUGUGGGAGACACUCUUCUAGGAAUGGCCACUCAGUGUGUUCAGGUGAAGAACGUGGUGAAAACCUCUCCUCAGACGCUCUCCAACCUCUGCCUCAAGAUCAACGUCAAACUCGGCGGCAUCAACAACAUCCUGGUGCCGCAUCAACGGCCGUCAGUGUUUCAGCAGCCGGUGAUCUUUCUGGGGGCAGAUGUGACACAUCCACCGGCAGGAGACGGGAAGAAACCCUCCAUCGCAGCGGUGGUGGGCAGCAUGGACGCUCAUCCCAGCAGAUACUGCGCCACGGUGCGCGUCCAGAGACCCAGACAGGAAGUGAUUCAGGACCUGUCCUACAUGGUGCGAGAGUUACUCAUCCAGUUCUACAAGUCCACCCGCUACAAACCCACCAGAAUCAUCUUCUACAGGGACGGCGUGUCCGAGGGCCAGUUCAGACAGGUGUUGUGUUACGAGCUGCUGGCCAUCAGAGAGGCCUGUAUCAGUCUGGAGAAGGACUACCAGCCCGGCAUCACGUACAUCGUGGUGCAGAAACGCCACCACACGCGUCUCUUCUGUGCCGAUCGCAACGAGAGGGUGGGUCGCAGCGGAAACAUUCCUGCUGGUACAACGGUCGACACAGAUAUCACACACCCCUACGAGUUUGACUUUUACCUCUGCAGUCAUGCUGGAAUACAGGGCACCAGCCGACCCUCCCACUAUCACGUCCUGUGGGACGACAACUGCUUCACUGCGGAUGAGUUCCAGCUGCUCACUUACCAGCUGUGCCACACAUACGUGCGCUGCACCCGCUCCGUCUCCAUCCCUGCACCAGCCUACUACGCCCACCUGGUGGCCUUCCGUGCUCGAUAUCACCUGGUGGACAAAGAGCACGACAGUGCCGAGGGCAGUCACGUCUCUGGACAGAGCAACGGUCGAGAUCCUCAGGCGCUGGCCAAAGCUGUGCAGAUUCACCACGACACACUGAGGACCAUGUACUUUGCCUGAGCCAGCUCCCAUCCAUCACACAUUCGACUAGUCACGAACCCGAAAACCGCCUCCACACGCCUCACUCCUCCCAAAAGCGAAUGCAUCCUGAAGGGUGGAUCUCUGUGGCGAUGGAAGAGACACUGUGCAGCAGGAUGAGGAAGACCUGCUUUAAUUCACGUCACACGUGGACCUCGGCACUUUUAUGCAAUAUUAAACCAUCCAACUGAAGCCGUUCUGUCAUAUCCCCUCCUAAAACCCAAAAGGGAAGCCCGUCUAUGUCCCCGCUCCUCUUCCUGUCUGUACAGUAACGUCGAAUCACUUCCCUGCCUGUCACGCCUUGUACCUCGAUGUUUUCUAACAGCACUUUGUCCCUUAUCGUCCUUCCCCCAAAAUGAGAUUUGAACAGAAGCGGAUGGAAAGACGCCUACAGAUAAAUGUACUUUUCUCCCGUUCUCAAUUAUUUUUGUAGCCAAUGGUGACUUAACUACGUGUUAAAGUAUCAGUCGAUGAAGAACCAAUUGUGCGUUAGCAUUUUAAAACAGAAAAACAAGCUUUUAUUGUCAGAGAAGUGCCAUCGCGGUAAAUAUACACUCUAGCUUUUAUGUAGUACAAUGCAAAGUGAUCAUGUUUGGAUGCUUCUUCUUGUUUUUAACACCCAAGUUCCCUCCGAUAUUUAUUUGUCUGGAUCAAACGCAGCACUUCGCAGAUUGUCUCGGUUUAAAAUGCAUAGUCUGUGUUAUGUAACCGAUCAUAGUUUAGUGCAAUAAUCCAUUAGCGGGAUGAGACUACCUCAUAUACGGCUUGGGGGGCAUCUGAAAGAGGUUGGUUUUUUAAGAAUGAGGUGUGCAUCUUUGCCACUUUUAUAGUUUGUUUUUGGUGAAAGUACAGCAGCGUUUCCUGACGAUUGACCGUGGUGUGUUAACAAGUGCCUGCGGGAAAUGCAUGACGUUGGAAGGUCAGAAACAGAACAAAUGCACCUCAUUUAGACUAACCAAGGGCACAGGUGAGACCACAUUCGACUGUACGGCCUUAAUAAAUUCUCGCGGUCUCAACGUCUCUGUUUUCAAUCAGAGGAUUCCUCUGCUGUUGUACUUGUUCAAGUCCGACUGGUGGGUUCAUGCUUCAGUUCGUCACGAGGGACUUGUUUGGCAGCACAGAGAUGCUCUGGCAGCACCUGAUUCGUGCCACUAGGGGGCAGUGUAGUGUUUUACUUGAAGCGUGCAGGUCAAUUGCACGAAGCAUUAGAAAGCGGAAGAUUUUAAUGCAUAACUUUUUAAAAAUAAGUUAAUUCUCUUUAAAAUACUGAACUGUAGUUUAUGCAAUCAGAUAAAUUAGGCUGUUAAAGUAGGCUGUUGUGAUGGAUUGUUUUUUUUUUUAAGUGUGCAUUAGAGGUUGCACCUAUAGCAGAAGGUACACCAUGUUUUAUGGCCAUCAAAAGUGUUUAAGUGAUGCUGUAAGCAUCAAAACAGCAGCUACUGAAGCCUUUUUUGUUUCACAGCCAUUUAUCCGUGCUCCAAGCCUUUAAAGUAAAACUGUCUGUGUGUGAAUGCCAAACUGUUAUCUUGAUGAGGUGUCAUGCAAUUUUAUUUUUGUGUAAUUUAAACUUCAUAUAUAGAUUACUGACCCAUGCCUCUUUAUUUUGGCAAGAAAUAUCUCUUUAAAGGAAUAGUUUAGUUAUAAAUGAUUAUGAAUUGUCAUUAUUUAGCCACGGGUUUUUUUUUCAAACAUGCAUGUUUUUUUUUGGUGCACAUGAGAUUUUAGUAAGUUUUACAAAAUGUGUGAGCUGCGGUUUUCCAUGCAACAAAAGUGAAUGGAUAUUAGUGAAUAUUAAAGUUAAGUUAUGGCUUGAAUGCAUGAAAAAUAGAUUAUUUUUGGAACUUAUAAAUCAGUCCAUUUUUGUUGCAUUUAAGUCAACGGCAAAAGAAGUCUGCACCGACAUGAGAAUAAGAAAACCACAAAUUUACCUAAUUAUUAUUUUUUUUUUAGUUUCCUUUAAAGCUGCAACUGGUUUUGUGUUCGCAAGAUGUUUGUGGCCUGACGUGGCGUCCGUUAUCCAGGAAGCUAGAAGUGUAAGAGUCUGUGUUUUUUCUCCUCUCUUAUUGUCUUUUAUUUUACAGCUUUCUGGGAGGGUCUAAAACAUAACCCGAGUUCAAAGUUCAUAGAAAGUGCCUUUCCUCAUGAUGGUGCUGAAUAAUCUGAGACUAAAGUGAGAAAUCAAAGAGUACAGUAGUCUAACUCUUACCUUGAAGAAGAUGUUGCACACAUGCAUACACACAGGUUUUUAUCACGAUGUUUCUAUAUUCAGAUGCAUUCAUUAUAUGCAAAUGGGUGAAUCUCACCGAAGAACAUGUUCAUGCCAAUAUCACAAGACACUUAGUCUUGAAUAUAGAAAAAUAAGCCAAUUUAUAACUUUUUUGUUUUUGCAUUGAGACCAUUAAAAUGCAUUAAUUUCCACAAAUUCUAAUUAUUGAAAAGCGAAAAAUAUGAUGUAUUAAUAUUACUUGCAUUGCUUUUUAUUUAUGCUCAAUUGAUAGUUUUUAUAAUACAGUAAAUAUUCUAUAUAUAUAUAUAUAUAUAUAUUGGGAAUAACAAAAUAGCUCAACUUUUUUUUUUUUUUUCAUGCAAACUAUAAUUUCUAAUUGUACUGCACUUCAACAAAACGACAUAAAUUAGCAAUUAUAUUUUGCAUAAGAAAAUUAAAUGUAUAUUUUUGGAGACUAUUUUUAUGACAAUUAAACACAUUCCCCCUCUCUAAAAUCUAAUUUUUUGUAAAUAUUUAUACAUGACAGUAGUACUGUAUUUAUUGCCUUGCCUUUUCUUUUAUGCUUAUUAUUCAAUAUCAUUCUAGCACUAUUGAGUAAUGCAUUAAUUGCAUUGGUUGUUAAAAUAGGCUUCGUUUUUGUCAUGCAAAAUGUAAUUUCUAGUGUAUUAUACAACAACACCACAAGACAUGCAUCAAGAAAAUUACCCCUACUUUUAGACCAUUAUUAUUAUUAUUAUAUUUUGACAGUAUUUAAAUGACAAAUAAACGCAUUCCCCCUUUUCUAAAUUCUCAGUUGUAAUGCAAAAAAAAUAAAAAAUAAAAUUAACAAUAAAGUACAGAAAUGAUAACGAUUAAAGGGAAAAUAUUCUUAAUUGUCAUGCAAAUAAAAUAUUAUUUAUACGGGCUUCAUUUGUCUCAUGCAAAAUAUAAGUCGAUUUUUUUCCUUUGAUUUUCGAGGUGAAUAUGUUUUAGUUGAGAUUCGCCCAGAUAUUACUUUGAAAACAGUAAAAUGCCUGACAACAACAUCCUUAACAAUUUUAGAUAAAGAAGUCUAAUUGUAAGAGAGAAAAAACAACAACGUUUCUUUUUCUUCUUUUACUGAGCCAACUUUUUUGUUGUCCUAUUUAAAUUAUAUGGGAAAUAUUUAAUGGUGUAUUUAUUAAGGUCGUGCUAAUGAGGCUGGAGUCUUCACAAGAGUUCGGGUGCGAGUUUGGGGGUCAGGAGUCAAAUGUACGCCCUCGACAUCCUCUCUCACGCUCACAAGCACAGAGUGGGCUGAAGCGUUCGAUGACGUCACUUCCUCCUUGACCUUUGACCUUCCUGCCAUGAGGCUCGUUGCAUCUCAUCUCUUUACAGGACGGAGAACCACACUGACUUUAUUCCAAAAAGAAGAUAAAAAGCUGAUUGUUUUCAUCCGGAGCUGCUAAACUCUUAGCCAUACAUGUUUUAUUUAUUUCCCAUUCCACUCAGAUCUAAACAUAUGAGCCUCAGCCUUAAGUGUACGCUCCUUUCUCCGAUUGGACUUGAGACGUCUGUCAGAAGACCUUGGUUGUGUGUAGAGAAGCGUGCUAACUCUCUCUCUGUGUGGGAUCUCGCGUCUCUGUUAAACCACUAAUUGUCUUGAAACGCUUGGAGAUUCGGAGACGAGGCCGCUGUCUGGAUUUCGUUUCCAGGAGGCAUCGAGGUUGCACCCAAAUCGCUGACGAGUCGAUUCCUAAAAAUGUUUACAAAAACGGUUUAAAGCUCCAGCAUUCCACAGACAGGACCGAGUCCGUCACGUCUGGCGUCUCUUUAUGAUGUAUUCGGGAUCCGUCGGGAUCUCCAAUCUCUCGUGAUAUACCAAGGGACGUUUCCUUUCCUUUUAAAACGUCUUUCUUUGUUUAAUAAUCCUCUCUUUGUAGAUCAAUGGCCUUUUAGUGUUGCUUUGCUUCGGUUUGGAGUGUAUCUUUCACUAAUACUUGCAAUAAAAAGCUUUGCUUCUGAAA